AUGAACUGGCGAGAAUCCAAGGAUGAACGAAUUCCUGCAGAUGGAGCAAUAUCCACAAGUCUUCAGUCUUGCCCUUCCAUCCGCCUUCCUGGUGCAGUGGUGCUGCACACUGCCCUUAUGCGCCACCAGGUCCCUGGCUCUCCACAGCCCGAUCCCGUUUUAACUGGACGCUGCCCCAACUCUGUCCAAUACCUACGAGAACUGGCUUCGCCAGCCAACCCCCUCGAAAAGUGCCGCCUGGCCCUAACUGUGGUGCUUAUCUCGGUCAUGCACCUUAGGGCUGUGUCGAUCCACCUUCGCAUGUGGCCCGAUAUAACCAUUCAAUUACUAAUUUACUACGCCCCAACGUCCGCAUCUUUUCAUAACGGGUUAACCGAGACGGCACUCAUUGGGCUGCUAGGGCUAUGGCUGAUCCAAGAAACCAAAUGUUAA